AUGCAUUCAUUUAGAGCUGUGAUAGUCUUAUUUCUAUGUGAGUACUGCUAUUUAUUUAACUGGCUGUAGAAUUUGGUAACAAAUGUUUAGUGGAUAUAUUUCUAGGGGGUCUGAAAAUGUAAAUAUUUUUACAGCUACCUGGAUAUAUUUUACUCAAAAUGUUUUCAUAUACAGGUGUUUAGCUGUAAGAUUUACUUUUUGACAUAUGUUGGUAUAUUUCAGGUACAUCUUGCAGUUCAAAUAUUAUCCAGCCACCCCUGGUGGAAGUCUUUGCAGGAGGAGACUUGAACCUCACUUGUGACCACCCUUCUCUUAGCACUUCUGAUUAUAUCCACUGGUACAGAAUGACGCCUGGACAAACUCCCAAAUUCCUAAUUAGUGGAUACAAACAUAUUGCAAUUGAUGAGCCAUAUAAAAUGGUGUUUGCCGAAAACAGAAAAUCCAGUGUUCUACUAUUGCAGAACAUCAGACCUGAGCAGAGUGCAGUGUAUCUCUGUGCUUCAAUUGACACAGUGAUACAGGAAAACUCACAGCCUGUACAGUAA